AUGUUUCCCCUUCCGCGCUUGUACCUCAAAAGUGAGCAGUAUGAACCAAUUCAAGCCAUUGUGAAAGAGAUUCAUGGAGAAGAGGCUCCAGAAUUAGACUUGGGAAAGAAGGUUAGCACUCCUCAAGACUUGAUGAUGGAGGAGUUGUCCCUGUCCAUAAACAGGGGUUCGAGACUGUAUCAACAAAGGCAGAAGAGAGUGCAGCGUUUUGUGCUGGAGAAUCCUACAGGCUAUAAAAUUUCUGCUCACUCCACAGAGGGCAAAGAGAACUAUCAGAAUGACAUAAAUCACAUGGAGGCUUUUGGAAAGAGAGCACCUCCCCAAGUACCACAAAAAACAGACAAAGUCUUGAGGAUGAGCAAGGCCCUGAACCCCAGUGCAAUUGCUCCAGGCUAUUCUGGACCACUAAAAGAAGUUCCACCUGAGAAAUUUAACCGAACUGCAAUCCCCAAAGGUUACCAGUCUCCCUGGCGUGAAUUCUUCUGCAAUGCUGAUUACCAGGUAGAUGUGGAAAACCAUUUGCCUGAGUCCAGAAAAGUGAAUACUUUGGACCUUAGGAAUUUCAACAGGACUCCUACACCAUUUGGUGGGCCGUUACUGAUUGACACGUUUCCUGGAUUUGAUGUAUUUAUGCCUCCUGCAGAUGCCAUGAAUGAUGUGGUGCUACUUUCAGAUAGACCCAGCUUCAACAGAACACCUCAAGGAUGGAUACAUGUUAUGCCUGAAUCAGAGGAUCUGUAG